AGUGUCCGAAAGCUGUAAACAACGCAGCAGACAAAAGACAUCAACGCGCGAAUGAAGUCUGUGGCAAAUGUGGCGUCAAUUGAGAACAAAUGGUCACUGGUUUAUUCUGCGGAAGUACGGUGGCAAUUAAAAAAUUUGUAGAGAAAACUUUUAUGAGAAAUUGGAAUGCUGCAUGACACAAAACGCGCAAGAGUGGCUUUGUUACAUAGAAUAUAUAUUCUUAUUUACUAUGGCGCCUACAUUAGCUCAAGCUAAGCACAGAAAAUGGUGGAUAGCUAUAACAGCGGUUAUAGAAAAUUUGACGUUUGCGGCUGUAUUACUUGGAUGGAGUUCGUUACUGUUAAUGUUGAAAAAAGAAGGGUUUUAUUCAAACCUUUGUAUCGAAGAAAAUGAAAACGGAACAUUAUAUAACACUACCUCACCAAAUGCGACGUCACCAGCGCCAGUCAUGUUUACCUCGACCAACUCAACUCCCACAGAAUCUGAAUUCCAGCAUCCAACAUGUGCAGCACAAGACGAAAUCUUGAACCGGUAUUUUUCUAUUGGAUCUAGUCUUCUCAGUGCAGUAACUGUUGUUCUCGGUAUAAUCAUGGACAAGUAUGGAUCACGAGUUAUGAGAAUGGUUGGAUGCUGGACAUUUAUGCUGUCCUGUGCAUGUUUUGCAAUUGGAUCUCUCGACACCGACAGAUACAGUUUUCUUAUGGCACCAGCCGUUUGUCUUAAUGGUAUGGGAGGAAUUGUGUACGUGUUUACAAGCUUCCAAAUACCAAAUUUAUUCGAAAAUAUUCGUUCUACCAUGAUCGCGUUAAUGAUCGGAUCAUAUUCUGCGUCUGCAGUGAUUUAUAUGUUAUUCAAAGCUGCUUAUGAUACCGGUAUACCAUUUGCAUGGUUGAUGAUGUUUCAUGCAAUUUUAGGAUUUUUUACAUUUAUCAAUUGUUAUAUGAAUAUACCUCAAGAACCUUUACCGGGACCCGAUGAUAUUACCUAUGCAAUCAAAUUCAAUUUUGGAGAUCUGAAGUUUGAUCAUAAAAUAUCAGGAAAACAAUUUUUACAUCAUACAUCAAGUGUUGGAAGACGAAUGAGUAGCAUUGAUAUUGAUCCACUUGAGUCGCUGAUGGACAUCAGUAAAAACAAAAAUAGCUCCCAAAUCGACCCGUUUAUCCGAGUUAUAGUAACCCCAUGUGUAUUGUGGAGUUUUUUGACAAUUAGUUUAACUCAACUCCGCCUAAUCGCAUACAUGGGAUGGAUGGAAAUGUAUUUCAAGGCAGCUGCUGACCUUAAUGAAUUAGAUCAUGAAACUAAAGAUGAGACUGUUGAAAAAUACACUUUCAUAUUCGGGCUUCUGCAAGUCAAUUGCUUUUUCAUGGCUCCUAUAAUUGGCACCAUUAUGGAUUGGAAGUUAAAACUAUUCAAAAAUGAGGAUGUCAGACAUAACGGAAAAGAUAGAAAAGGUCAGAUCAUAUGGAACUUGAUGAUGGCUUUUGGACUGACCAAUCUUCUGAUGGUCACUUUCGGAAUCAUAAUUAUGUUUGAAAAAUGCCUUCCUUUACAAGUGGUUGCUUUUGUAAUGCACACUGCCAUUCGAACUUUUCUGCAUUCAUCUCUUGGGGGAUUAUACGCUUGCAUGUAUCAUUUUUCGCAUUUUGGAAAGUUAACUGGACUUUCAUCUUUUCUUUCUGCACUGUUUAUUUUAAUUCAAGAUCCUCUAUUUGUAGUAAUCAACAAUUCCCUCGGAGGAGAUCCUUUUUGGAUCAACCUUGGACUUCUUAUACUAAGCAUAUCAGGCUUUGGUCUUCCAAUUUACUUAUUCAUCUACGGGCGAAAAUACACGAGACAGUUAAAUUUGACCGAUGCAAUGAAAAAGAAAGCAGAAAAGUUGGAUGCUAUUGCCGAAGAAGACGACGACGACGAUGAGCCCGCUAAAAUGAACGGUAACGGAUAUCACGUUUCCGAUAAAAACCUCAACAAAGAGCCAAAAGACUUGGAAGAAGAACAAGCGCUACAUUUGAGUAUAUCUGCCAUUACUUUCUAAACUUUAAAACAACGUCAUAACUUUGAACUAUAUUUUUGAAUCCUGCGUGGUACAACUAGAUCAGGAGUGGGCAAUUACUUUCCUAAGUGGGUCACUCACAGAUAAUAGACUUGGUUACUGGGCCGGAGGUUUAUAACUCAACAUGAAACUGUGAAUGAAAACAGUUUAUUUGGCUGGCAUCGAUAAUAAUCCAUCAAACCAAAUAACUGCCUGUCGGAUCGUUUCACUGAUAUAAAGCAAUAGGUAUUUGCUGCAGGAGAUGCUGUCGAUAAAAUUGGAAGAUUAGCAAGUGACGUGAAUAUAGACAGAAGAAUUGAAGUACUGAAAUUGAUGUACCGGAAAUUCAUAUCCAUAAAAACUAGUUGUAAUUUCAGCAGGUAAAAGUGGGCCGAAUGGAAAACUUCAGCUGAAUGGAAAACUUCAAUUUACCCACCCCUGAACUAGAUUGGAUUCAAAGAGAGACGCCCAUGCGUUUUUUUUUUAUUAUGCUUACAACAGUGGUUAGGCAAAUAUUUGUAAACUAGGUUUAUAAUCUAGACGAGUACGUUUGCAACGAAAAUACGUGCUCAUUUUUGGUCUCGCGUUUCCAGUGUCUUCGAUUAAAAUAAGUUAACAAUACCCAUAGGAAAAUUAUUGCCGACAUUACGCCAUGAAUUGACAAUCAGAAAAAAUACGACAAGAUCUUUUAAUUCGAGAAACUAUUUUACAUUAAUAGCGUUUAUUACGGAAACUUAUGUCCGUUUAGUGCGGGAAAAUACAAUAACUUUCAUUCCUUUUCUGUUUUUCAUGCUAGUUAUUUUCAUUUAUAUGUCGCAUCUGACUGACAAUAAACUGUGAACUGAUUCAGUCCUUAACGAAUUAAAAACAUGAAAUUCUUGAU